AUGCCCCGCUGCCUGCGGCCCUCACUGCGGAAGCCUGCAGUCAUCCUGUGUCUGCUGCUGUCCAGCACCUCUCUGUCCCCCACGCGGGGGCAGGCCAUGAUUCCUCUGGAAACAGUGAAGCUGUGGGCAGACACCUUUGGCGGGAACCUGUAUGACACCGUGACCAAAUACUCAGGCUCUCUCUUGCUGCAGAAGAAAUACAAGGAUGUGGAGCCCAAUCUGAGGAUCCAGGAGGUGGAUGGCUUGGAGCUGGUGAAGAAGUUCUCAGAGGACAUGGAGACCAUGCUACGCAGGAAAGUGGAGGCUGUGAAGAAUGUGGUAGAGGCGGCUGAGGAAGCUGACCUGGACCAUGAAUUCAAUGAAUCGCUGGUGUUUGACUAUUACAACUCGGUCCUGAUCAACGAGAGGGAUGCGAGGGGCGAGUACGUGGAGCUGGGGGCUGAGUUUGUCCUGGAGCCCAACGCGCACUUCAGCAACCUGAGGGUGAACACGUCCCUCAGCAGUGUGCAGCUGCCCACCAACGUGUACAACAAAGACCCAGAUAUUUUAAAUGGAGUCUACAUGUCCGAAGCCUUGAACCCUGUUUUUGUGGAGAACUUCCAGAGAGACCCCACACUGACCUGGCAAUAUUUUGGCAGCUCAACUGGAUUCUUUAGGAUCUACCCAGGCAUCAAAUGGACACCUGACGAGAAUGGAGUCAUCACCUUUGACUGCCGAAACCGUGGCUGGUACAUACAAGCCGCUACUUCUCCCAAGGAUGUUGUGAUUGUGGUGGACACAAGCGGCAGCAUGAAGGGGCUGCGGAUGGCUAUCGCCAAGCACACCAUCUCCACCAUCCUGGACACACUGGGAGAGAAUGACUUUGUUAAUAUCAUUGCUUACAAUGACUACAUCCGUUACAUCGAGCCUUGUUUCAAAGGGAUCCUUGUUCAGGCGGAUCGAGACAACCGCAAGCAUUUCAAACAGCUGGUGAGCGAGCUGGUGGUUAAAGGUGUGGGGGUCGUGGACCAAGCCCUGAGGGAAGCCUUCCAGAUCCUGAAGCGGUUCCAAGAGGCCAGGCAAGGAAGCCUCUGCAACCAGGCCAUCAUGCUGCUCACCGAUGGGGCCGUGGAGGACUAUGAGCCAGUGUUUGAGAAGUACAACCAGCUGGACCGCAAGGUUCGAGUUUUCACUUACCUGAUUGGGAGAGAAGUCACUUUUGCUGACCGCAUGAAGUGGAUCGCGUGCAACAACAAAGGCUACUACACGCAGAUCUCCACCCUGGCAGACGCCCAGGAGAAUGUGAUGGAGUACCUGCACGUGCUCAGCCGCCCCAUGGUCAUCAACCACGACCACGACAUCAUCUGGACCGAAGCUUACAUGGACAGCAAGCUCUUCGCCUCGCAGGCACAGAGCCUGGUGCUCCUCACCACCGUGGCCAUGCCAGUCUUCAGCAGAAAGAAUGAAACGCGGUCCCACGGCAUUCUGCUGGGGGUGGCGGGCUCUGAUGUGGCCCUGAGAGAGCUGAUGAAGCUGGCGCCCCGGUACAAGCUCGGAGUACAUGGAUAUGCCUUUUUGAACACUAACAACGGCUACAUCCUCUCACAUCCUGACCUCCGACCCCUGUACAGAGAGGGGAAGAAACUAAAACCCAAACCUAACUACAACAGCGUGGAUCUCUCUGAAGUGGAAUGGGAGGACCGAGCUGAAAUCCUGAGAACAGCCAUGAUCAAUGGGGAAACAGGUUCUCUCUCUAUGGAUGUGAAGAUUCCGCUGGACAAAGGGAAGAGGGUUCUUUUCCUGACCAAUGACUACUUCUUCACAGACAUCAGUGACACACCUUUCAGCUUGGGAGUGGUGCUGUCCCAGGGCCACGGCGAACACAUCCUCCUGGGGAACACAUCUGUGGAAGAAGGCCUGCACGACCUGCUGCACCCAGACCUGACCCUGGCCAGCAACUGGAUCUACUGUAUCACGGAUAUCGACCCCGACCACCGGAAGCUCAGCCAGCGGGAGGCUAUGGUCCGCUUUCUGACAGGGGAGGACCCAGACCUGGAGUGUGACGAGGAGCUGGUGCGGGAGGUACUGUUUGAUGCCGUGGUGACAGCACCCAUGGAAGCCUACUGGACAGCGCUGGCUCUCAAUGCCUCUGAGGAGUCGGAGCGCGUGGCGGACCUGGCCUUCCUGGGCACCCGGGCCGGCCUCCUCAGAAGCAGCUUGUUCGUGGGCUCGGAGAAGGUCUCCAACAAGAAGUUCCUGACCCCUGAGGACAAGGCCAGCGUGUUCACCAUGGACCACUUCCCCCUGUGGUACCGCCAGGCCGCUGAGCAGCCUGCUGGCAGCUUUGUCUUCAAUCUCCGUACCCCAGAGGGGCCAGAAGGUCCGGGUGAGCCUGGAGUCGUGACAGUGAGCACAGCUGUAGCCGUGACAGUGGACGAGAAGACAGCCAUUGCUGCAGCGGUGGGCAUCCAAAUGAGGCUGGACUUCCUGCAGCGCAUGUUCUGGGCAGCCACGCAGCAGUGCAGUGCGGGGGAUGGGCCGUGCCCAAAGAGCUGCCAGGAUGGUGACCUGGACUGCUUCAUCGUGGACAACAAUGGGUUCAUUCUGAUCUCAGAGCGACCACAGGAGGUAAGAUGCUGGGAAGUGGGGGAUUUGCUGGGCGAGGCGAGCAGGGUCCGGACUCGCCAGCUCCUGUCUCUGGCUUUCAGGGUGACCAUGUACGACUACCAGGCCAUGUGCACACCCCCCAGUCACCACCACAGCGCUGCCCGGCCCCUGGUCAGCCCUAUCUCAGCCCUCCUGACUGCAACCAGAUGGCUGGUGAAUGAGCUCUUGCUGUUCCUGCUGGAGUGGAGUGCCUGGGGCUCCCGGAGAGCCGGCCACGGGGCCCAGGCCAAAGCUGUCUUCCAUCACUCCCACAAGCAAAGGAAGCAGGACAUGCUGCAGCCCUGCGACACGGAGUACCCCGUGUUUGUGCACCAGAGGGCCAUCCAGGAGGCCAACGGGAUCAUCGAUUGUGGGGCCUGCCAGAAGAUAUUUGUGAUGCAACAGAUUCCCAAUAGUAACCUUCUCCUCCUGGUGACAGACCCCACCUGUGACUGUAGCAUCUUCCCACCAGUCCUUCAGGAGGCUACAGAAGUCAAAUAUAAUGCCUCUAUCAAGUGUGACAGAAUGCGCUCCCAGAAGCUCCGCCGGCGACCAGAUUCCUGUCAUGCCUUCCACCCAGAGGAGAAUGCCCAGGACUGUGGCGGCACCUCGGAAACCUGCGCCUCGCUCCCCCUGCUCCUGCUGCCUCUGUGUGCCUGGCUGCUGCCACCCCAGCUGCUGCGGUGA